UAUAAAUAACCAAAAAAAAGUAUUGACAUUUUCCUUUCCCUCCUCGUUCUCAACCAAAAGAAAAUGGCAUUGGAUCCAACUGUCUUCAAAAAAAUCAUCCCGUCCCGCUACAUUUCCUUCACAAUUCCAAAUCCUUUGCUUGAUCUCCAUUACUUCAAUGCUUCUCAACUCCGUAUUGCCGUUCUUGAUUCUCCUAUUCCUUCAAAACUCCCCCAAAUUGCAGCAAUGUUGGUUCCCAUUAACCGCGAAUCCGAUUGGUAUUUUUCUACCGAACAAGGUCAUCGUCAACUCCUUGUUAAUUUUCCUCAGCUCUCUCGUCUUGUGCUUAUUGGGAAUUCACCGAAUUCGAUGAACCCCAUUUCGUAUAAUUGGGUGAAUAGGGUGAUGGAUUCGUCUGUUGUUGAAGACAAGUUGAUGCCGCUGUUGAUUGAGUUGAUGCCCAUUGAGGCAUUUCGUCGAACAGGUGGUGGCGGGUUGGGUGAAAUUCCAUUUUUGAGGUAUGAAGAUGAGGUGGUAAGGAGUGUGGUGUUGGAUAUAUGUGUUGGGGAUUUUGUUGGAGAAAUGUUGAUAGAAAAUGUGGAGAUGGAAUUGGAGGAUUCGGGUGGUAGAGAGUAUAGGAGGCGAUUGAGGUUCAAGAGAAUGCCGAAUUUGGUACAGACACAGAUAAAGAUUCAACCCAAGAAAGUCGAUUUUGUUAACAUGGAGGAAGUUGAAUUUGAGAUUGUUGAUGAUGGGGUUUUAGUUCAUCCAUAUUUGACUCCAAUGGUGGCAGGUCUAUCAGUAAUCGAGUCAUUCUUGAACGCGAAAAUAGUAAGUGGUAUAAACCCGAAAGCUUUGUGUUUGGGUGUUGGAGGAGGGGCACUUCUUGGUUUUUUGAGGUCUCAAUUAGGAUUUCAAGUCUUGGGUAUUGAGGUUGAUGAUGUUGUUUUGCAAGUUGCAAGGAGGUUUUUCGGGUUGAAAGACAGUAAUUCCAUGCAUUUGUGUGUUGGAGAUGCAUUAGAAAUGAUUGGGAAGUUCGCGACUCAAGUAGACAGUGAUGGUUUUCGUGGUUAUCUUCUGGAGAAUGGCGAGCGUUUUGAUGAUUUUGAUGGUAAAUUUGAUGUGAUCAUGGCUGAUUUAGACUCGAGCGAUGCUUAUGUAGGUAUGAGUGCUCCUCCUUUAGCAUUUGUGCAGAAAUCCGCGUUGUUGGCCACAAGAACCUUGCUUAACAAAAAUGGUGUUGUUAUCAUAAAUGUGAUUCCUUCAGAUCAGUCAUCUUACAAGCUAGUAAUUGCUGAAAUUCAAGAAGUUUUCGCCGAGUUGUAUGAGAUAGAUGUCGGGAAUGGAGAUAACUUUGUUCUUAUUGCCUCCGCUUCAGAAAUUCGACCUGAUUCGAGUGGCCAUCAAAGUAAAUUUCUACAGAAGUUGAAACAAGUUUCAGGAUCUUAUGUGGACUCUAUAAGAAUAAUAUGAAGGAUUCUUGGUAACCAAGUGAAAUUGUGCAGCAUAUGGAGUAACUUUUUUGCUUGAAGUUUUCUAUAGAAAGGAUGAGCCAGGACAAAGACAAAUCUAAUACAUUUUUUUUUUUGGUUGAUAGAGGGAUCAGAUUCCCGACAUGUAAGAUAAGGUUGUGUAUAAUAGACUCUAGUGGUCGAGCGUUUCUCUAGACCUGGUGCAUGGCCCGCUUGAGUUCACGAGGCUGCCUUUUUUUGAUAGAGGGAUCAAAUUGUAUAUCAUUUGUUGUUAAAGACAAAAUGGACUAUUCUUUUUGGUUGACAGAGGGAUAAAAUUGUGGUAUCAUUUGUUGGUAGCUCGGAGAAUUAUAAACAUGACUCUUGCUUUUUC